AUGGCUGGUCGGAGGAAUUCAGUAACAUCAUUUUGGAAAUCAUGGGAAGAGGUAUGGUCAUUCAUUUUAAUUUCCUGGCCUGUGGUGGUUUUCAUAAUCUUGGCCAUUAUCCGUCUCAAAUUCCCUCCAGAACCACAGCCAAACUGUUAUCUUGCCCCUCGAAACCUUCCCAGUGCAGGCUUCUUCCCAUUCCUGCAAACUGUGCUGUGUGAUUCAGAUGCCAGAUGUAAAGGCACACCAUAUGUACCAGAAGAUCUGCUGCCAAGACUUAAUGACAUCUCAUCCCUCAGACUUAAGCUGAGGAACUCAUCCAGUUUGGUGAGGGACAACCGAGCAUCAUCAUGGAGUGCAGAGGUUCCUAAAAGCAGGAAUGCUUCACUGGUUCUUAGGGAAUUGUUACCUCAUGAAGAAAAAGCCCUUCAGAAUAUUUCAUCACCAUCCAACUUGACUUCCAGCAUCAACACCUUCAGCCAAGUCCUUGAUUUUGGGAAGAACCAGACCCAGUAUUCAACUGCAGCAAAUCUCAAAGUCCUUCUGUGUGAGGUCUUGUCACAAUACAUAGCACGUCCUGGUCUCACUGAAGAGAAGAUGGCAGCCAAUAUCCACCAGAGGUUCUGCUUUACCCAGUCAUCACUCUUAGAGUCAUUAACCCAAGAGUUCAGAAGUCAGUUCUCUGAGGUGCAACACAACCCGCGGUACCGGGCGGCGUUUGUCAAGGAAAUGGUCUCGUUUCUGAGACUCGUCUCCCAAGUGCAGAGUGACGCCUCCCUGUGGCAUCUCCUUUUGCUGGCCCCAGAUGUCUUUCAGGGCAGCAUGCAACUGCAAGACAUCAUUGGUUUCUUUCAGAACACAAGCAGUGUUGUGCUGGAAGCUCAGAAUGUCUCUGGACUGCGUGUGACUGAUGAUAGAUUCAAACCUGUUCAGAAUGGGGUUACAGAUCCUCCAGAUUCCCUGAACUGCUUGGAGCAAGAUAAAGAAAAAAGUUUGGUGACCAGCUAUAUUUGUAAUCACUUUCACUGGAAAGACAAUCCAACUUUAGUAUCUGAAUUGGAGGAAGUUCUGAGAAAAAUAAAGUCACCAGAGAUUGGUGGAAAAGUCUCCAAGAGGUCCAUCCAUUCAGAUGAUUUAGAAGCCAUACAAAAGUCUCUACAUCAUUUAAAAGGCUUUGAGAAAAAAGUGAAUAGAAGUGAAUUAAAAAGCUUAAAUCUAUUCAGAAAUUUGAAGAAGGAAACAUUACAGAAAUUGUAUGCAAUUCUUGAGCUGGGAAUGAAUCCACACCAUGAUUAUGAAUUAAAGGAACCAUAUAAUAAGGAAAUAAUUGAUGAAAUCUAUAACUUCACAUCACUGCAAUUACAGAGUGACUUUAAUGAGACUUCCCUUUUAACUAUAAUGACCCAGUGGAAAGAAAUGGAGAGUCCUCUAAAAUUAGCUACAAUGGUUUGGAAUCUAGUUCUGUUAAGCAAUUCUAAUUUUAGUACAGCACAAACUAAGGAUGCUCUCAAAAUGUUGCUCUCCACUAGCGUGCCAGCGUUUCUGGAAGACUUAAGAGACCAUUUCAAUGGAUUGCAAGAAAUACAGUCUUUGUUUUCUGAUUAUCUGCUUAAGCCUGUGUCCUACAGAAGCUUUCCAGAGCAGCUCCUAGCUCUCCAGAAGAUGUUUUAUAUCAUGACAGACACCAGCAUAGGUUACCAGUACCUGCUGAUGCCAGUGUUUGAACUGAUGCGGAACGUAGAAAGCUCCAUGGGUGAAGCCUGGUGGGAUGAGCUGAAUGCCUAUUGGCGCCUUGGGGAACAACUGAGGUCAAUGAAGUGGAACAACACAGGCAUCAUAGCCUAUGGGCAGCUUUUAGAGGUGUUAAACAGCCAUUUAAAAAAGCUAAAUAAUAAUUCAGAUAGUUUCUUCAGCGAAGAAUUGGAUCGACUGUCAGAAUUUAUAACAGCUGUGUUCAAAGAGUUUGGGGAAAACUCUGAAGCAGCCAACAUCUCACUAGUGAUUCAAGCUGUACAAAAGACCUUGGACAUAUUAAAAGACUUACAGCUGAAUUAUAAUGUCAGGAAAUUAAAAUCCAUAGAUCUUUUAUUUAAUUUUGACAAUAAAACCUUUGAGAGCUUGUCUGAACUUCUGAGAGCAGGAAUGAAAAUCCUUCAUUAUACAAGUGCCAGUGAAGCUUCCAUUGAAGAAAUAAUUAACCCUGUCUAUAACCUAACACUGCUGCUGCUGCAGGAGUUCAGCCAGGCUUCCUUACAGGACAAUUCUUCACUACAGGCAAAAAUUUGGGAGGUCUUGCAAUUAGCCUUGAGUCCCCUCCUUGACAGCAACAGUUCCAGGACACUGCAGAACUGCUCUGCUCAGGAUGUGCUCCACAUAACACUUGAGAUGCUGUUUGAAAAUGACCCUCUAAGUGAAUCUGUCAGCAGAAGCCCCUGCAAAGCCCUCUUUGAUUCCAUGGGCAUGGAGGGUGGGACAAUGCACAAUGACACCUUCUCCAACAUGUUGCAGCUUGCCAUAACAAACCUGAAGCUGUCUCCAGAGUUUGCUGCUGUCUACAAGGACAGCAGUGUCAGCUUUUCCAAGGAGGUGUCGUGCAUCAUCCAGUCUCUGCAGUUUUCUCUGGGUUUCCUUUCCAAAUUAAGCCUUGUGUCUGAGGUGGAGAACUCUUGGAUAGCGGAGAAGGCAGGAGCUCUGAGUGUCCUCACAGAGGGGCUGCUGCAGAGCAAUGCUUCCUGCCCCAUCCCAGUGCAAGACGUGGCUGCUGUGCUUCCACCUCAGCUUUUGAAGAUGCUCAUUCCUUUUGUGCUGAAUGAAACAACACUGAACUCACUGAAUUUCUCUGAUAGCUCAACAGACUGGCCUAGGCUGCCUGUGUUUUCCCACCCAUUACCAGCUGUUUCCAUGAGGAACAGCAGUAUCUAUGAAUUGCUACAGGGGGGCAGAAAUGCUUCCAGCCAGCCUGAGUGGGGACAUUUCUUGCAGCUGUGGAAUGUCACUGGCAAGGUGUUGACCACCACAUGGAACUUAACAGAAGUGGAUCAAUAUGUGAAACUCCUGGAAAUGAUGAAGAAAGCUCUAAUUCUCCUGGACUUUGGGCCAGCUCCUGGAAAAACAUUAGUGCAUCAGAUCUUUCAUAAUUCUAGUGAAGGAAUAAGAUCCUCACACCUGAAUUAUUUGUAUAGGUCCUUAAAAGACUUCUUCAACUCAACUUCUACCACAAACAGCAUGCUGGAAUUUGAAAGAAUGUUUCAAGAAAUACUCCCACUGGAUGAGAUUGGUGGUGAACAAUUGUUCUACCCUAAUGCCUAUGGAGAAGAAAAUCAAGGUGUUCUACCUCUGGAUGCAAUGAUUUGGAAUCAGGUAAUUUUAAACAGGACUCAUUUUGAUAUGGAGAAAGCAUGGGAGAUUAUAAAAAUUCUUGCACUUCGUGCAGUCUCACCUGAAGACAUAGAAAAUGAACUCAGCACAAAUGAAAAAGUGUCAUCAUUAUUUUCUGCCUUCUUGUUGAGUCCUGUAACUCCUGAACAUCUUGCAGAACAGCUCUUGUCCAUUGGGCAGCUUCUUCCUGCCACGACCAAGGUGAAUACCAGUGAUCAUUAUCUGCUGGUCUCUUCUUUGUCUAAACUCAUGCAGGAACUCCAGAGUUCUCCUCAUGGAAGGCAGGGAAAUGAACUCAGUGCUUUCUGGCAGAUUGCUGAAGUACUCCAGUCCAUGAACUGGAAUAGUACAGACAGACUCACUUUCCAGUCACUUCUAGAGAUACUGAAAAAUCAGUUCAGCACCAUGAAAAAUGACUCUCUUCCUUUCAGCAAGGAGCUGAAACAGCUGGUAGACUUUGCAUCCUCCAUAUUAGAGCUAUAUGCUCAAGAAGACUCCAGAGGAACCAAUAUCUCCUUAUACUUGCAAGCCAUGCAAAGGAGUAUCUCAAUUUUAAAAGGUUUGCAGAAAAGUUACAGUAUCACUGAGCUUGAAACUAUCAACCAAUUAUUUGAUUCUUACAGUAAUUCUACCCAGAGACUGAUUGAAGUGUGGAGAGCAGGAAUGCAAGUCCUUCAUGACACCAACUUAAACAAAAUGUUUGAAGAAAAAAUGGACAUUGUCUAUAAUUUCUCACGUUUGUUGCUGCAGAAGGAGUUCAAUGAGUCUUCCUCACAGGGCAAUACUUCACUAGAGGCAAAAAUUUGGGAGGUCUUGCAAUUAGCCUUGAGUCCCCUCCUUGACAGCAACAGUUCCAGGACACUGCAGAACUGCUCUGCUCAGGAUGUGCUCCACAUAACACUUGAGAUGCUGUUUGAACAUGACCCUCUAAGUGAGUCUGUCAGCAGAAGCCCCUGCAAAGCCCUCUUUGAUUCCAUGGGCAUGCAGGGUGGGACAAUGCACAAUGACACCUUCUCCAACAUGUUGCAGCUUGCCAUAACAAACCUGAAGCUGUCUCCAGAGUUUGCUGCUGUCUACAAGGACAGCAGUGUCAGCUUUUCCAAGGAGGUGUCGUGCAUCAUCCAGUCUCUGCAGUUUUCUCUGGGUUUCCUUUCCAAAUUAAGCCUUGUGUCUGAGCUGGAGAACUCUUGGAUAGCGGAGAAGGCAGGAGCUCUGAGUGUCCUCACAGAGGGGCUGCUGCAGAGCAAUGCUUCCUGCCCCAUCCCAGUGCCAGAUGUGGCUGCUGUGCUUCCACCUCAGCUUUUGAAGAUGCUCAUUCCUUUUGUGCUGAAUGAAACAGCACUGAACUCCCUGAAUUUCUCUGACAGCUUAGCAGGCUGGAAUAACCUGUCCAUGCUUUUCAGUGUGGCACAGGAUGAGCUCCACCUGAAUGACCUGCUGCAGAGAGUCCAAGGUGUCUUCAACCUCACCACACAAUUUUUUUACUCCAGCAGCUGGGAUGUGGUUGACAGUUUGCUAAGCACCCAAAGGAACCUGACUGAAGUGGCUGCCUUUGCAAAGUUGUUGGAAGCAGUGGCAAACAGCUCUGCUGACAGUGUGUCAGCCCUAGAAAUCAUAGAAGCCAGUCACUACAUUCUCAGGAGGCUGAACUUACCUGAUCUCCUCGAUGAGUUCAAUAUAAGUUCCAGUUUGGCUUUCCUCUCCAACAAAACUGGUUUUGACAGGGUGCUUGAUAUUGUUGCUCAUCACUUCAUGGUCACUGCAGAAACCCUGUACAACAAGACCCUUCCUUGGACUCAGAGUGACCAGACUCUGUCACCAACCCUUUUGAUCACACGAUUUCUGUUUUUAGAAUUUGAAAACACCAUCUUACAGGUGACAGUGAAUAACAGCUAUAACCCUUACCUGAUGUGUUUAAUAAAUGCCACUGAAGCUGAAGACAGCACACUGACAGAAAAGAUCCUGCUGCUUUUGAAGCAAACUCAUCCGACAAAGAACCCUUUUAUGCAAAACAUUACCUCUGAGAAACAUUCAUCCAUACCAGAGCUCCUGAAGCUAAAGAUCUCACGCUUCCAGGAUCUGACAACACUUCUUUGUGACUAUGAGACCUUCAAGUCCAUGCAGCAUGUUUGCCAUCUCCCAAACAUUAGCUUUGGAGAACUGUGUGAACAAGGUCCAUCUCAGGAGCAGCUCCUCCAUGCUAUUGAACUGAGCAAUCAAGUCGUGACCAAUGUACUGAAUCACAGAAGAAUCUCCCAAGAGCUUCAAAAUAUACUGAUUGGGAAUGCCACAAACAUCUGGGCACAAGUGAAGUGGUUUCAGGAACAAGUACCAGAAAUGGCUGUCUUUCAAGAGAUCCCUCAAUAUAUGGCUACUUUGAAUUCCAUGUUGAACAUCACUGAGAAUUCAACAGAAUCUAGCAAGCAAGAAAAGCUAAGAGAUGUGUUUAAAAACGUGGACCAGCUAAGAGAGGAUCUCAAAAACACAACAGUAAUGUCCACAGCCAGUAUUGAGGCUCUUCUGGAAGCACCUCUCCCAGAAAACAGCAGCCAGCUCAUCUCUCAGCUCCUUCAGCUGGAGUCCUGCAGUGACCCUCCUGCUGACCUGCAGCUGCAAACAGUAGCAGAGGAGUUCUGCCACCUCCCUCACUCAGAGAGGGCUCGGGAGGUGUACGUCCUGGGGGUCACUCUGUUACAACACCUAGACAUCUACCACUUCUUAUACAAGAUGUUUUUUCCUAAGGAACUUCAGAAACCCGUGGACAAGAUGUUAGGCCUCCUGACAAAAAUGAAGUAUUUCAGACACCAGGUUGAAUCUGGGGUUGAUCCUUUGCUACAAGCUAUUCAUUCACUGAAGAAGCUCCGGCAGUCCAGAAAUGUGCCACUGACCAAGGCAUUGUCUAAGCCAAGCAACUUUAAGAUAACACAUGGUACAUUUAAAUCCAUGUCAAAAGUCCUCUGCAACCAGGAGAUCACACCUCUGUUUUUUGAGUCCUUGCUCCCAGGUUUUGGAGACCCUGUAAGCAACAGUUCUUCUGUGGAGGAUGUCUAUGUCCAAAAGAUGAUGAGGAAAUAUGGGAUUCCUCAUGAUUCCACACCAUUUUGCUUAUCCUUUUACCUGGACCUGGUCAAGACCCCAACUGGAGCUUUAAUUUGGUCUUUUUUGAAACCAAUGGUGCUUGGGAAGAUCCUUUAUACACCAGACACCAUAGAAACUCGAGCAAUCAUGGGAAAGUCUAAUGCAACCCUGGAGCAGAUGGCUGAUCUAGCCCUGAAGUCCCAGGAGUGGUUGGACAAGUCUCCUGUCAUCAUGAAUUCACUGACUAAGUUAAAUGAGACAGUUCCAAUGAUCAAGAACACCCUGCAGAAUCCCUUCGUGCAGGUUUUCAUCAAGCUGAUGGUGGAUUUGGAUGCAGCUGAACUGUUGAGUCAAAUAAAUGAACUGGAUGAUAUUCGGCUGGAAUUGCAGAACAACACUGACAUUGUUGACCAGCUCAAUACCUUAGCUACCCUUGCUGUCAACGUGUCCUCCUGCAUCUCCUUUAAUCGCAUCCGGGCAGUCAGAAACUUGGAGGAAAUGGAAGCACUGGCCAAAGAGCUCUUCCUGAAGAACGAGCUUUUUGCAAGUAUCAUUUUCAAGCUGCCUUCAAGCCCUAGUGGACGUUCAGCUGGUGGGGACUUGGCCCUCCCUCCUGUGCUCAACUACACCAUCCGAAUGAGCAGCAGGAUCACACAAACCACCAACAGAAUAAGGGAGCGCAUCUGGACCGUGGGCCCACACAACUCCACCUCCCAGAGCCAGAUCUACAGCCGAGCCUUUAUUUAUAUCCAGGACAGCAUUGAAAGAGCCAUUAUUGAACUACAGACUGGCAAGAAACCAGAGGAAAUAGCUGUUCAAGUCCAGGCCAUGCCUUAUCCCUGCUACAGUAAGGACAUGUUCUUAACCAGUGUGACCUACUCUCUUCCAUUUGCUCUGAUGGCUGCCUGGGUGCUGUUCAUAGCUGAUUUUGUUAAAACACUUGUUCAAGAGAAAGAUCUGAGGCUCUAUGAGUACAUGAAAAUGAUGGGUGUUAAUGCCAGCAGCCAUUUCAUUGCCUGGUUCAUAGAGUGUGCCAUCUUCCUGCUCAUCACUGUCACCUUCCUCAUCCUCGUUCUAAAAGUGGGUGACAUCCUUCCCAAAACAAACACAGUGCUCCUGUUCCUGUACCUGAUGGACUACAGCCUGUCCAUCAUAGCCAUGAGCUACUUCAUCAGUGUUUUCUUCAACAACACCAACAUUGCAGCCUUGGUGGGCAGUCUCGUGUACAUCCUCACCUUCUUCCCCUUCAUUGUGUUGCUUGUCAUUGAGAACCAUUUGAGCUUCUCUGUGAAAAGCCUGCUGAGUCUGUUGUCUCCAACUGCAUUCAGUUAUGCAAGUCAGUACAUUGCUCGGUAUGAGGCACAGGGCAUAGGUUUGCAGUGGGACAACAUGUAUAAGUCCCCAAUGAUUGGAGACAACACUUCCUUUGGCUGGAUGUGCUGGCUCAUUCUGAUAGACUCUUUCAUUUACUUCAUCCUAGGAUGGUAUAUAAGGAAUGUGUUCCCAGGUAGAUAUGGCAUGGCUGCUCCCUGGUACUUCCCAUUGCUUCCAUCUUACUGGGUUGAAUACAACAGUUACCUCCCUCUCUGGAAGGGGAAAUGCGGAGGCCUUCUCUUCACCAAGCUGAUGAUAAAGAAAGAUGUCACCCUCAACAACAAGAUAUGUGCCCCCCCUCCUCACCUGGAACCAGAGCCCACCGAUCUCGCCUUGGGAGUCUCCCUCUGUGGCAUAACAAAGGUUUAUGGAUCCAAAGCUGCAGUGGAAAACCUCAGCCUCAACUUCUAUGAAGGGAAUAUCACUUCCCUUCUGGGACACAACGGAGCUGGGAAAACGACAACCAUAUCUAUUUUGACUGGCUUGUUCCCUACAUCAUCAGGUACUAUCUUUGUGUAUGGCAAAGACAUCAGGACUGACCAAGAAGUUAUCAGGAAGAGCAUGGGGGUGUGUAUGCAGCACAACGUGCUCUUUAACUACCUGACCACAAAGGAACACCUGCUGCUCUAUGGCUACAUCAAAGUUCCUCACUGGAGUAACCAGGAGCUCUACCAAGAAGUGAAGAGGACUUUGAAGGAGACUGGACUGUACAGCCAUCGUCACAAGCUGGCUGGCUCCCUGUCUGGGGGGAUGAAGAGGAAGUUGUCUAUAGCUAUUGCUCUCCUGGGUGGGUCAAAGGUGGUGAUCCUAGAUGAACCAACCACAGGAGUGGAUCCGUGCUCUAGAAGAAGUAUUUGGGAAAUUAUCUCCAAGAAUAAAAAAGGCAGAACCAUCAUUCUCUCCACACAUCACUUGGAUGAAGCAGAAGUUCUGAGCGAUCGAAUCGCCUUCCUAGAGCAUGGAGGGCUCAAAUGUUGUGGUUCACCAUUCUACCUCAAGGAAACCUUUGGUGAUGGGUACCACCUGACACUCACCAAAAAAAAGAACAUGAUAGAAGAGUGUGACACCACAGCAGUGACCUCCUUGAUCCAGUCUCACCUUCCAGAGGCUUAUCUGAAGGAGGAUAUUGGUGGAGAGCUGGUGUACGUGCUGCCCCCCUUCAAGUCCACAGUCUCAGGGGCCUACCAGGGGCUUCUCAGGGCCCUGGAUUCCAGCCUGAGUGAUCUCCACCUUGGUUGCUAUGGGAUUUCCAACACAACUGUGGAAGAGGUGUUUCUCAACCUGACAAAAGAGCUAGGGAAGGACCAGCAGGAAGAUGCUGAGCUGCUCCAACAGCUGCCUGGAACCAGUGGUCCAACUGGCAGUGAUGGAAUGUCUGUGAGCACGGAUACCUUCACAGAAAGAGAUGACCAGCUCCUGAUCAGAUCGAAAAGCCUGCAGGGGUUGCCUUUGCUGCUUAAGAAGACAUCAGCUUUGUUCAUCAAGAGGUUCCACCAUACCCGGAGGGAUGUCAGAGGCUUCAUUGCUCAGGUCAUCCUCCCAGUCCUCUUUGUGAUGGCUGCAAUGGGACUUGGGACACUGAGAACUAAAGAGACUGAAUAUCCUGAGCUGGUCCUUUCUCCCUCUCUCUACGGCACAUCCGACCAGGCAGAUUUCUUUGGGAAUUUUAAUGAAACCACAGAUGCUUUAGUUGCUUCGAUGCUUGCUUUCCCUGGAACAGAUAACACAUGCAUGAAUGAAAGCAAUUCGCAGUGUUUAAAGGAGGACAUGCUGGGCCCAUGGAUUGCCAGUGGAAGCCAGAGAACUAAGUAUUCUGCCUGCAACUGCACAGAUGGCAUCCAGACAUGCCCACAGACCAACUACACCCCCCCCCACAGAAGGACCUUCUCCACGCGGACGCUUUACAACCUGUCAGGGCACGAUGUGGAGACCUACAUUCUGGCAACUACCAAAGACUUCCUGCAGAAACGGUAUGGUGGCUGGAGCUUUGGGCUGCCUCUGACAACAGAUCUGCAGUUUGAUAUCAGGCCAGUGCCUCCCAACAGGACCCUGACUAAGGUGUGGUAUAAUCCUGAGGGUUAUCACAGCCUUCCAGCCUAUCUCAAUAGCUUGAACAACUUCAUUCUUCGAGCUAACUUGCCAAAUAAUGAGACUUCCAGAUAUGGUAUUUUCUUAUCAGCUCACCCAUAUCCUGGAGGACAGAGUCAAGAGCAAGUAAUGCUCAACAGCUUACUCGACAUCAUUGUUUCCAUGUCUGUUUUGGUUGGCUACUCUAUCACAACAGCAAGCUUUGUGCUCUACGUGGUAAAAGAACACCAAACCAAGGCCAAACAACUGCAGCACAUUUCAGGCCUUGGGAUGAUGAGCUAUUGGGUGACUAACUUCAUUUAUGAUCUGGUACUUUUUAUGGUCCCUAUUGGACUCUCGAUAGGAGUUAUUUCAUCCUUCCAGAUACCAGCUUUCUGCAACAACAAUAACUUACUGGCAGUAUUUCUCCUGCUGUUACUGUUUGGAUAUGCAACAUUUUCGUGGAUGUACCUGCUGGCUGGGGUUUUCAAAGAAACAGGAAUGGCCUUCAUUGUUUAUGUCUGUGUCAACUUGUUCUUUGGCAUCAACACCAUCAUAACUCACUCAGUUGUAUUUCUGCUCUCCCAGGAAAAGGCCACAGAUCAGGGCUUGCAUGAUCUUGCUGAAAACUUAAGGCAUGCAUUCCUUCUGUUCCCCCAAUUUUGCUUUGGCUAUGGUUUGAUUGAACUCUCACAGGAUCAGGCACUUCUGGGCUUCUUGAAAGCUUACGGAGUGGACUACCCUGACAAAACCUUUAAGCUGGACAAGACCACAUCCAAGCUGGUUGCCAUGUUUAUCCAGGGCACUGUGUUUUUUGCCAUUCGUCUCACAGUUCAUGACAGGAUGAUUCAGAGAGCCUGGAACAAAAUACUUGAGUUCCUGUUUGACAGGGUGCAUGGCAAAGCAUCACUUCUGCCACCUGUGGCUGAAGAGGACGGGGACGUCCAGGCAGAGAGGAACCGGGUGGAGUCUGGCAAAGCUGACUUCGACGUGGUGCAGCUCCAGAACCUCACAAAGAUCUACCACCUUCCUCAGAAACGCAUCGUGGCUGUGAAAAACAUCAGCCUGGGGAUUCCUGCUGGAGAGUGCUUUGGCUUGCUUGGUGUGAACGGAGCUGGGAAGACAACCAUCUUUAAGAUGCUGACGGGUGAUAUCGGAGCAUCCAGCGGAAGGCUGAGGGUCCAGGGUCCUUCUGGGUCCCUGAAUGACAUUAGUGAGGCACACUGGUCCCUCUUUGGCUACUGUCCUCAAGAAGAUGCCUUGGAUGACUUGCUGACAGUGGAAGAGCACAUGUAUUACUAUGCUAGGCUCCAUGGCAUCCCAGAGAGAGCUAUCAAAGGGGUUGUGCUCCAGCUUCUCCACCGCCUGAACCUGAUGGCCUACAAAGACAGAGUCACCUCUAUGUGCAGUUAUGGCACCAACAGAAAAUUGUCCACUGCUCUGGCUCUCAUUGGGAAUCCAUCAAUUCUGCUGCUGGAUGAACCCAGCUCUGGCAUGGAUCCAAAUGCUAAACGUCACCUUUGGAAAAUCAUCAGUGAGGAAGUGCAGAACAAAUGCUCAGUGAUCCUCACAUCCCACAGCAUGGAAGAAUGUGAAGCCCUGUGUACCAGGCUGGCUAUUAUGGUGAACGGGAGCUUUCAGUGCAUUGGCUCUUUGCAGCACAUCAAGAGCAGGUUUGGAAGAGGGUUCACUGUAAAGAUGCACUUAAACAGCAGCACAGUUAGCACUGAGAUGCUGACAGAGUUCAUGAAGUCACACUUCCCAAACACGUGCCUGAAGGACCGGCACUUCAACAUGGUGGAGUAUCACGUUCCGGUCUCUGCAGGAGGGGUGGCCAACAUAUUUGAUCUCCUGGAAGCCAGCAAAGCAGCCUUCAAUAUCAGGCACUUCUCAGUGAGUCAAACAACCUUAGAGGAGGUUUUCAUCAACUUCGCCAAAGAUCAAGCAGAUCCUGAUGGGGUGGAUGCAGGUCCUGAUGUGACACUGGACAGCUCUGACACAAGUAGCCAAGAUAGCACCCUAAGCUCCAUCUACUGAAGGGACCCAGCCCCAGGGGAUCAUAGAAGCUGGGGAAAAGAUCUGGUGACCCCUCGGAGUCCUUUCAGCCCUGUUUGCUAUGAUUCUGGGGUGGCAGGGAUAAAAAGUCACAUUUUCUUAGAGUACUUUUUUGUUGUUGUUUUGAUAUACACUCAUUUUGUUACUAGGAACAUGGUAGGCAUUUAAGACUGGCAUUUGGUUACAAAUCAGAUUGGUCUUUCCACAGGUUCUUUUUGCCCUGCCCUCCUCCAAGUUCUUGUUUUAUGAUCACUUCAGUGCCUGUGAGGACUUUCUUGACACCACCUGCUGCUUGUGGCCAUUUGCUCCCAGCAGAAAUGGCCCUGAUGGAGCAGAGGAGCUGCCAGCAGUGCAGGGCUUUUGACAGAAAAAGCAACCCCACAGCUGCCCUCCCUGACAGCCCCCACGCCACUCCCUGCUCAGAAAAGAGACUUUCUGGGUGACCAUGAGAAAAUUGCUCUGUUUUGACAGGUUCUCCACCAGGGAAAGGGGGUUCAGGCCCUUGCCCUCCCUCCCAGGGGUGUUGUGAGGAUGCAGGUGUCAUGUACUGAGAUUCUCAUAUGCUGUUGGUGGGGGCCAUCUUUGGCAAUGACAUAAAGCUUAUCUGUGUGUGUGGGUUAUAUCAGUACAAAUAUAAUGAUUUUAAAAGUCA